AUGGAGCUUCCUUAUGAUGUAAUAGCCAAUAUUCUAUACAGAGUUGGUGUUUAUGACAUACUUGAGAAUGCUCAGAAAGUUUGCACUACGUGGCAUAAAAUCUGCAAGGACCCUGCAAUGUGGAGGGUCAUUAAUAUGGAGAAUAAUUUUAAAGAUGUAAAUAGAAAUGGAAGGUCCCUGAUGCAGGAGAUGUGUAAGCAUGCUGUUGAUCGAAGCCAAGACCAAUUAAUUGAUAUCACCGUUUGUGAUUUUGCCAACAAGGAGCUUCUUGAGUAUAUUGCUGAUAGAUCAAGUCAGCUUAGACGUCUUGAAUUGGCAUUUUGCUAUGGCCGUUUUUGCCCCAUGCUAACAACACGGAAAAUAAAUUAUGACCUGGUCUGGCAUUGCGGUGAUGGGAUAGCUACUGCUAUUGGAGAAAACUUACCCAAGUUAAAGCACCUUGAACUCAGUGGACACAUCAUGUCAAAUAACAGGUUGCAAGCCAUUCUGGAUGGAUGUCCGAAGCUUGAACUACUCGACUUGCGUUAG